AUGUCAAAUUAUAACAACCCCAACAAUUCCUUUCCUGACCGUACUUUUCAUUCGUUUUUUCCUCUUCAUAACGACCCCGUACUAAGUGAAACAACUCAAGCAACCAAUUUAAAUGCAAAUUUUACCCUUGACACUAGGCUUGACUUUGGAGUUUUAGAAAAUGAAAGUUUAAGUCCAAGUCCAUUUCAUCCAAUUCCAAAAAUUCCGGAAGAAAUUUAUUCAGUAAAUGGCCAACAAUUAUAUCAAAAUGAAGUAUCCAAAACUCAAAUAAGAACAGAAGAGGCUAAUAACCUCACACCAUUCUUAAUGCAAUCACCUUCCAUAUCUAAUAUAAAUGUAUCGAAUGUAUCAAAUCCAGGAAUAAGCUUACCUCCAUCACCCACAAGUCCUAAUAUACCAAAUGUUACCAAUUUCUCGGCAAUGUAUUCUUCACAUACGGCGGAUAUUAUGGGAAAUGAUGAUUCUUCAAUUCAACCAAAUUCACAUAUGAAUUCAUAUAAUAUGGAUAUUGCAUCUUUACAAAAAAAUGGCUUAUUAACUCCACCAACUUUUAUUGCUGGACACCCUUAUUACCAGAUAGAUCCAAAUUAUAUUUGUCAGGUGUUAGCUGAAGAAGACAAAAGACGCCGUAAUACAGCUGCAUCUGCGAGAUUUCGUGUAAAAAAAAAGUUACGAGAACAAGAACUUGAAAAACAAUCACGAGAAAUGACAGAAAAAGCUAUGGCACUCGAGAAUAAAGUGCGUGAGCUUGAAAGAGAAAUUAAAUGGUUAAAAAGUUUAGUUGUUGAAAAAGAUGAACGUCUUUUAAGUAUAGAACGUCCAGACCAACAACAGAAUGGUACUUAA